AUGAGCUACUACAACCAGCAGCAGGCGCCCGUGACAGCGUACCCGCCGGCGGGGCAGCCGUACGUGCAGCCGCCGCCGAUGCAGGCGAGCUACGUGCAGCCCGCGCCACCGCCGGGGUACCCUGGCAGCUACAAUGGUGGCAUGAUGAACCCUCCGCCACUUCAGGUGGUGGCGCCCCAGACGCAGAGCCGCGGCGACAAGACCUUCUGGGAAGGAUGCUGUGCGGCCCUCUGCUGCUGCUGCAUCCUGGAUAUGUGCUGCUAA